UGACCAAUGAAACUAAAGACUUGUGUGACGUAGAUUUGUUGUGUAUUCCAAAAAUAAACAUAAUCACCCAGAAUUCACAGCAAGUAAUACCGCUAGAUUUGACUGAAUCGUAAAGAAUGGCUCGUACAAAGCAGACAGCUAGAAAGUCCACUGGAGGUAAGGCACCUCGAAAACAGCUGGCCACAAAGGCAGCCAGGAAAAGUGCUCCCUCAACUGGUGGCGUGAAGAAACCCCACAGGUAUAGGCCCGGUACCGUUGCCCUGAGAGAAAUCAGAAGGUACCAGAAGUCUACCGAGCUGCUCAUCAGGAAACUUCCCUUCCAGAGAUUAGUGAGGGAAAUUGCUCAGGAUUUCAAGACCGAUCUGAGAUUCCAGAGUGCUGCCAUUGGUGCUCUGCAGGAAGCCAGUGAGGCCUACUUGGUUGGACUGUUUGAGGAUACCAACCUGUGCGCCAUCCACGCUAAGAGAGUCACAAUCAUGCCCAAAGACAUUCAGUUGGCCAGACGUAUUCGUGGUGAACGUGCUUAAACAACAAUGACCCUCCAUCCAUUGUCAUCAAGACAUUACUUCAUAUCACAGACCACUCAUUGUGUCAGAUUUACAGUUGUGAUAUAUGCUUUGAUGGCAAACUAUUGACAGUGUGAAAAGAUCUCAACACUUUGCUGUGGCGAACAAAAUCAGUGACCAUAUAUAACAAAUAGAUAAUUCUCAUUCAUUUCGUUCAUUAAAAUACAGAUUUUUAAAAUUGUGUAUGUUUUAAAGUGUAAAAAUUCAGGGCAUGAACUAUGUUUUUAUCUUUUAAACCUUUAUAUAUGGUGGGUCUUUGUACUUACUCUACUUCUAUCUGUUGUCCGUCAUUUUCUAUAGUGCAGUUACCAGUAGGAAAAUCAUGUUAAAAGUUAAUAUUCUGGAUUCCAGUGAUUCGUUUCUAACGUUAACACAAUCUUCAAAAACAAUUGGAAUUUAUUUGUGUUUUUCUCCGAGAAAGGAACUAAUUCUUCAUUUUGUUUCCAAUUUUUGUAAACAUUUUUUAUGUUAUCGUGAAAUAAACGUAGUUUUAAACUAUAA